CUAUAGUUUAAGUGUUAUAUUUACAGAAACGACGACACUGUACAUGAUACCAAUAAUCAUUGUUCAGACUAUCAAAUGAGAUGACCACAGGUCUUUGUUAUAGAGACAAUUGAUUUCAAUCUGAAUUUUUCGUCAUGUGAAUGAAGUCCACGAUUCUACAAGCUAUUUGUAAUGUUGUUUAGUAAUUUAAACAUUUUGUUAAUAUUAAACCAUCAAGAGAAGUAAAUUACUACCAAGUUGGCAAACGUGAGCAAUACAUAUCUUGUGCUAUAUCCACAGGUGUUAAAUCCGAAAGUAAAGGCAAGACCUGACCUACAUAAAAUUUAGGAAAUGAAAAUUUUUUGACACGAGGUGAAUUCAAUGACGAUGUUAUAGGAGAUUGUGACUCAUCACUAUUGGCGUAGAUUGCACGUUGAUACGAAAUGCAAAUUAAGAGAUGGCGGAUAGGUUAACCCAAUUACAAGAUACAAUUAAUCAGCAAGCUGACCACUUUUGUAAUAGUAUAGGUAUUUUGCAACAGUAUUCAGCACCAGCUAAAUUAUCAGGACCUGAUCGUAAUGUCCCACUAACUCCACAGCAGCAACAGCAAGAAGAGUAUGCUCUCCUGUUUGCAACGCUAAUUGUAAGAUGUGCAAAAGAUAUUGAUGUACUAAUUGAAUCUCUACCCAGUGAAGACUCUUCCACUGAACUUCAGGUGGCAAGUCUCAGAAGAUUGGAGCAAGACAACAAAGACGCAGGAGAACAAUUGGAAGAAGUUGUAAGACGAGGAGAAGCUCUCUUGGAACAAAUUCAAGCAGCACUUGCUGAUAUUGCUCAGAGCCAACUUGACAUGCAGCAUCUUCAAACUGAAAAUACUAACAAACAAACUAAUGCAAACAUCCCUGCAUGAAUGUCAUUGCUCUGUGGACCAAAUUUUCAAGUAUCAUUCCAGGUUACUGGGAUCGGUUAAAAUGUUAUCGCACAACAGUAUGAUAAAACCUACAGCCUGUAAACGUAAUAAAGUUAAUGUUUAAUCUGAGAUACUUAUUCUGAAACCACUCAACUACCAACUGGGAUGUGUACAAAUAUUAUGAUGUGUAAUUUGGUUUUUGUUCUUGAACAUUAGAUUUGAGAUGCAAUUCAGUGGUAUCAAAGUUGUGUAGUUAUAGUACCUCAUAGGGCUGAGCUGUCAGUAUUAUCUUUUAAGAUUAUAAUACUUCUGGGAAGAGCUGGUUUAUAAAGCUGCAGUAAUUAGAAUCAAAACAUGAAAACUAUAUAUUGAUUUUCAGCAUUGUUUGAGAAUAAAAACAUGCCAUAUUAUGUGUUAA